UCGAAUGGCUUACUUCAUAGGAAAAGUGUUGGUACUACUGCUGUGCCUGCAUUGUGUAAUAGAGUUGCAAGGAGUGUUCUUAACAUUUACAAAUGUGACAUGUGAGGUAAAGGACAUCAGCAUUGGAGUUGUUGAUUAUUGUGAUAUGAAGACUCUGAGAAAGAACAAAAACAGCUAUAUAUUGCGUUAUAAUUUAAAUAAGCCUAUGAUGAAUAAUAUUUGGGUAAAUAUCGAUAUUACGGUGGAUCGAUUUGAAAGAAAUUAUCUUUUUAAUAUUUCCUUGCAGAUAUUGAUAAGGCUAAUGAAAAAAAGCAGUGAAAGCAAUAAUGACGUCUCCCAAUGGCAGCCCUACCUAUAUCCCAUAAAUUUCGAACUGUGCCGUGUCUUAAAAACCCGAUACAACCACGUGGCAAAAAUGGCUGUGGACCUCAUAGAUGGACACUCGAAUUUCAACCAUAGUUGCCCGUAUUUGGUUAGUUAAAAGUAACUAAAUUCUUUGAUCGUUUUCCCACUGUUUCUGCUCUUUUUGGAAAGGAGAAAUAUAUUGUUAUCGAAGACAUCACAAAUACAGAAGCUUCCACGAGGCUGCGUGGCAUCCCAAUGGCCAAAGGAUUCUACGUCAUGUACCUCUUUUGGAUCAGGGAAAACAAAACGCUUAUUCAAACCAACUUCUACUUUGAGGUUUUAAGUUCGUAACGUCGAAAAAAAAAAUCAAGUUUAAUAUCCGAUUAAUGGAAUA